CAGCCCACAAUAUGCACAGCUGCAAAGCGAUUGGCCUAGGGGACGUGCUUUAACUUUAACUGCUAAAGUUGGAAACUGUCAGUCGGCGGCCGACAAAGGUUUGUGUGGGGGAGUGAGAGCGAAGGGAGAAUACCCUCACUCCGUCUGUCAUCUCAUCACCGGCUUCGUUCUUAAAGCACAAGACAGCUUCCACCACAUCACCAUCCAACACACACAAAUGACAGCUAGGGAAUACUGUCAGUAUUUUUAGCAUUCUGGAAAAUGUAUCUCUCAGCCGACUGCAGCUGAAAAACAGUCCUGUUGUCCCAGUCCGGCGGUAGCUACUACCAUGAACGUCAACCCAGAGUCCAUUGGCAGUUCCAACUCCUAUCAGAUCUGCAACAACUGUCAGAAAGUGCUCAGAAAAAAGGAAAAAGGAAUGCGAAUCCCUCGACCUUUGACAAGUGGGCCGAGUGCCUUCAUACCAGAAAAAGAGAUCCUGGAGGCGACUCCGGUGGACAUGCACACCAACCUGCUGCUGCUCGUGGGGGACUACUCCUCGUCGGGCCAGCUGAACCACCUCACGCAGGUCAUGGGGCUCCACCCACAGUAUCUGGAAUCCUUCCUUCGCUGCCAGUUCUACUUGCUGAGGAUAGACGGGCCUCUGCCCCAGCACUACCGACACUACAUAGCUAUCAUGGCUGCAGCCAGGCACCAGUGUUCGUUCCUGGUGAACAUGCAUGUGCACGAGUUUCUACAGAUCGGCAUGUGUCUGGAGUGGCUCAACGGGCUGGAUUUCGCUCCACAGAGGCUAAGAAACUUGAAUGAGAUCAACAAAAUCCUUGCACACAGACCCUGGUUAAUAACUAAAGAGCACAUACAGAAGCUGGUGAAGACUGGUGAGAACAGCUGGUCUCUGGCAGAGCUGGUCCACGCCGUGGUCUUGCUGGCACACUUCCACGCCUUGGCAAGCUUUGUCUUUGGCAGUGGUAUCAACCCUGAGGUCGACGCAGACGCCUCCAACCGCUUCCAGGACGUGGCUCUGAACAACUUCUGUGUCUGUGACCUGGCCAAUGACAACAACCUGGAGGAAUUUCUCCUCCCUGGGAUGGUGGACUCUGUGAGUGAGCUGGAGGCGUUGAUGGGGAGGAUGAAGAGGCUUCAGGAGGAGGAAGAGGAGGCCUCGCAGGAGGAGAUGGCCACACGAUUCGAGAAGGAGAAGGAGGAGAGCCUCCUUGUCGCCUCUGGAGCUUUUGAAGAUGAAAUAGUUCCAGUCUCCAACGUCUCCCGCUUUGUCAGUGAUCCCACUUUCGGGUACCAGGACUUUGCCAGACGAGGAGAAGACAACCUGCCGACAUUCAGAGCUCAGAUCCCUUGUUCCUCUGGUCCUCACUCCGCUGCCCUUUGCUCACCUGUCUCUACGUUCUGGUUUGUACAGGACUUCUCGUGGGAUGACCAUGGCUUCUCUCUGGUGAACCGGCUGUACUCUGACAUCGGCCACAUGCUUGAUGAAAAGUUCCGCACUGUCUCCAACCUAACCUACUACAACAUGGCCACCCACGAGGACAUUGACACCACCAUGCUCCGGAGGGCGCUGUUUAACUAUGUGCACUGCAUGUUCGGAAUUAAGUAUGAUGACUAUGAUUAUGGAGAAGUUAAUCAACUGCUUGAGCGGAGCCUGAAGGUUUACAUAAAGACGGUGACUUGCUACCCUGAGAGAACGACCCGCCGCAUGUACGACAGUUACUGGCGCCAGUUUAGGCACUCAGAGAAGGUUCAUGUGAAUCUGCUCCUGAUGGAGGCACGCAUGCAGGCGGAGCUCCUGUAUGCCCUUCGCGCCAUCACUCACUACAUGACCUGAGGCACGGCAGCCUUCUCCCCUCAAACAAAUGACUCUUUAUCCAACUUUAUCGAUUGUUAGCGCUGAAGGAUCACAAGACAGUCUUGAAACCCCAGUGUCAAAACAUUUUGCCAUGUAUCCCGUGGCAGGUUAAAAGUGCAAUGUGUGUGUGUGUGUGUGUGUGUGUGUGUGUGUGUGUGUAUGUAUGUAUGUAUUUCUUGACUUUUACUAAACAGAGUGCUGAGAAACAAGCACUAGAUAUGCUAAGAACUUGUAUAAUAUUAUUUUCUCAUUACAUUUAAAAAAAAGAAAAAUAAUAUUUAGAAAAGUAAGUCCCUGUUCAGUGUAUAUUCUAACACAAAGCAAAACCAGCAUUUUUAAGGUAGUGUUUGUUUUUUUUUCAUUUUAGUUUUAUUUUAUUGUGUUGCUGUUCACUCACUCUGAACGCAGUAAUAAUGUGAAGGAGCAAUAUCAUUUGAUAAGUUUUUUGUAUUUUUUUUUUUGGUAGCUGUUCUUAUUAUAAUGUGAAAUUAAUCAGCAAGUUCAAUUUCAACUUAAGUAUUAUUUCUAGAUUGUCUAACAACAGUAGAUUAAACUCAUACUGCUAGGCUAGAUUUCUUUCAGCAGUGAACCUCUGUGCCACCAUCCUGCUUUGGUAUUAAAAAAAAGUAUUUAAGAAACUAGGUAAUAAAUGUAAAUUUGCCUUCUAAAAUUUUUUUUAAGAAAUCCAAGACUGCUAUAGAAGUAUUAACAAAAACAAAAGCCAGCACAGUCAUGUCCUGGAACACAUGUUGAGUUGGCCAGUCUUUUUUAAAUCAAAGAAUAGCAGAAGGGGUGGGGGUAGACAGGCGGUCUAUGUAAGUACAUUAACAGUUAAUGUACUUAAACAAUUGACAGGUGUUUGGUGGAGCUGGUGUUUUGUACUUUACACCGGCUGGAUUUGAAUGGAACAUAAUCUAAUAACAAAGUGGAAUUGAACAAGAUGUUCUUGCGGUGAGAAACAGAUUUGAGGGAACAGUAGGAGGUGAAGUGUUGGGUCGAAAGGAUAUAGGAUGUAAUUCAGUGAUCAAGCUUCCCUUUCCCUUAAUUCAUUCUCCACAAUAGAAACUACCUAAUAUUUAUAUUUAUAUUUACAGGGUUGUAUUAAAUUGAUUCAAACAGUGUUGGAUACUAAUACCGCCAUCACUGAAAUCCUUGUAAAAAUUACUCCUUUAUGACAGCUAAGUGCAAGUAGGCUUCUUCAGCAUACAAAUGUAUUUUUUAAAUAGAUGGGGUAUUAAGAUCUGCCACUCUUCAGAUCAAUUGGAUUGACCCCUUUGUAUUUUAAAGGCUGGUGGUCACAAACCAAUAUAUAGUUCUGACCUGUGGAUCAUCUUCUCGUAAUUUAAGUGCAUCCUUUAAAGAUAUAUAUGUGCAGGUAUAUCAAGUAGAUCGGUGUUGUUGCUGUUUAAAACACCUGCUCUGUGCCCAGUUUAUCAAUGGCUUUUUUUAAAUGUAUUUUUUUUAAAAAAUUUAAUGUAUUUUCCUGUUUUUUCUGGACGUGGAUUUUACAUUAAAAGCUAUUGGCGGAAUUGAAACUUGAAAUGUCUCCUCUAGCUUGCUGGAUACUUAGGAUGUAAUGAAUGUAUGUAUUUCUACUGAAUAUCAAAAAGAAAAAAAAACGUGUAAAAAUAACUUGUACUUUUAGUUUUUACUUUUAUUUUUGAUGGUUUUGUAAAGACCAUGUUUGUAGAUUUGCAAUGGAAGCUUGUCCUCAUACAUACUGUAUAUCUCGGGUGAAUUGUAUAGCCCCUUUUUAAAUGAUUUUGUCAGUAUUAAUACAAUAAUCAAUGACGCUCCUCUUUUGUAAUUUGUGAUUGCCAACGGUAUAAUCAAACUGUGACGUUAUCUUUGUUUUUGUUGCUCUUGUGCUUUUGUUACUGCAGUAGUUACAGUAGAAAAAGAUAGAGUGUUUCAGUUAAUCUUAGACAGACCACUGAGUUUGUCUCCUAUUUCAAACAGAAGAAACAUGUCACAAUUAGAAUAAGCUAUCUACUGAUUUUACUUUGAGUAAGAUAAAGGCUGUGUAAAGCAACAGCAGACAAAUGGCAUUUUAGUUCUAGUUUUUUUGCUAUGAUUAUACCAUUGUGUAUUUAGCCCCAUUGUGAGCUGCUGAUGUUGAACCCAACGUGGGAUAUGGCCUAGCCAAAAAAUGCUUUGCUUCACCCUACAUUUUGAAUUUCAUUGAAGAGGAUGCUGCUGUAUUUACAGAAUGGACUGACCUACUUAUAUGCUUUUUUUUCUCAUUAAGGAAAUGGUGGGACAUUAGUGAAAGAUUAUAGUGUAGACAUACAGUGAAUUAGCAAUACAAUACAUACCACGAUUCUCUGGUCACUAUGCAGUACAUACCACUUUGCCAUGUAUUGAUGUAAUUGAGAAUUUUAAUUGGAUGCUUUUGCUGUCCAAGUCAAGUAUUCUGCAAUUUCAAAUUACAUGUUUUAACUCUUAAGGUACACAAGGAAUUGAGCGGUUGUUCAACAGUUUCUUCUUAAAAUACAUACACAAGCAAACUGACAAUUUGGAUGACCAGAUCCAACCUGCCAGUACAUUUAUAACCAGUUUCGUGCACCUCCUCACUGCAAAAAUAAUAAUGUUAGCAUUACUUGUGGGACACAUGUCCCUUGCACCUUAAAGGGGUAAAAGCUGUCCAGAAAAAAAAGGUAUGUAUUUUUAAUAAUAAAGAAUGCAUUUAAAACAGAAAUGUUCUUGAUGAAAUGAGCAAAAUAUCUUGUACAAUCCCUCUGUCGGUGUGAUACACCAGCAUUUUUUUUUUGUUAUUGUGUUUUUUUUGUGUGUGUGUUUUGUUUAAAAAAAAAAAAACAAACAAAAAAAACUAAACAAAACAUAAUUCUUACAAGUGAAGUGAUAUUUUCAAAAUGUAAAGAAAUGCUAAGAAAGGUGGUUGUUGUGUUUUUUUUUUUUCUUUGCUAGUUAUACCAGAUAUAUUCAGCGAGCCUUUGUAUAUGCUUGGGGAUUUAAUACUGGUUUCUAAAUGAAUGUCUGUGGGAGCAUCACAUCUCUUCUAUGAAUCUAGGACUACAGCUAUGGACAAAAGCUUUUGUGCAUCAACUUAUAGAAGUAUCUAAUUUUGCUUCAAAAAUUCGAAUGAAACCUGCUGAAUAAUGUUACAUUAACAUAUUAACUUGCAUACAGAUUUGUAGUUUUCCAUAUACUUAAUGAAAAACGGACGAAUUGAUAAAUGUGACAUUUUGAAAACAUGAAAUACUGUACUACUACUAUUAUUAUUUAUAUUUUUAUAAUGUCUCAGUCCUAAAGUUUUAGGUGAUGCUAAACUUUUGGCCACAGCUGUAUGUAGCUCAGUUUUCAUGCAAGUUACGAUGUUCUGUACAAUUCUAGUUCAGUCAUACGGUCUAGAUUGAAUAAAAAUUAUAGCAUUACUAAGGCUAUACAAAUCUGGCACUGUGUUGGUGCUAUUUAUUUAAUCUGACAGUAACAAAAGAGGAUAGUAUAAAGAUACAGGAACAAGAAGUACAAAAGGACAACCAGACUUCAGAGUAACUGCACUUUUCCAUAAGCUUUAUUUCUGUUUAAUGGUACAGAACAGUGGGUUUGGCUUAUAAAACUAUGGAUCACAUUUCUAUUGGCAGGAUUUUAUUUACUGAUUCUGAUAGAAACAUAAGAAAUCUCAUUGUUUCAAUAAAGAUGUUAAAACAA